AUGUCCUCCUCACCAUCUUCUUCUUCUUCUCCCUACCGCGUCUCCCGCCUCCCUCCCCCGCCCUCCAUCCCCCUCUCCGGCCCCUCUACCUCUCCCCAGCGUUUCCUCUACUUUGGCGUCAGACGGGGCACAGUGCCAGGCGUGUACACCAGCUGGAACGAGGCAACCACCCAGGUUGUCGACCACCCCGAUCCCGCUCUCAAAACCUUUUCUUCCAAGCUUGCAGCUGAGGCAUACGUUGCUGGCUGGGACGGCGCCGGGCGUCAUUCAUUACCUUCUUCCACGCCUCGACCUCUGCGCGAACAUCUUGCCAUGUCUUUCCCUGGGUCAGUCAACGCGCAGUCGCCCGCAUCACCUAGGCGACAAUCUUACCAUGCUCGACUCUUAUCAACGCCGUCCGAGCUCGGACCGCUUCCGCUUGAUACCUCAAUCUCUACCCUGCGGCCGGGUUCCGUAUCCAGAUCCUCCUAUCGCAAUAGCAUGGUUCGCAUCUCGAGCCCAUUGAGGCAGCAGGUGGACGAUGAGGAUGAGGUCAGCAGUCAAGAGUCUAGCUCGAGCGAGGGCAAAAGGACCACCAUGAUGAGAGCUGCCAGCUUUGUCGGCGUUGGCGGACUCCUCAGCCCGCCCCAUUCGCCAGAGGGUGAUGAAAAGAUAUUGGCAGGGUCCGUGAUGGAUAGGGAAAGGCCGACCACUCGACGAAACGCCAACGAUUCCGGUCCCUGGUCGUCCAGGGGCCAUCGGGAUUUUUCGUCUGCGCCCCAAUCUGCCCUGGGUCUCACCGGUGUUAGGUCGCCUCCGAACUCGCCCCAGAAACCAACUGCUUCGAGAAGGGCGAGCGCCAACACAACUUCUGGACUGUGGGCAGACUCUAUCCCGCAGCCACCGACGCCCGUCAGAGCUGCCACUGUGCCCCAACCAGACUUUGUCGACUCGACCGCUCCCAAGUUUUCUCGCUCGGCGUUGAAGAAAUCGGGUGUCGUCAUGCCCGUAUCUGCAAAGAGGUCUUCCUCGUCGCUAUCCCUCCGUGGCAACAUGUUCUCGUCUCCCAAUGGGUCGUCUUCCUCCCUCGCGUCAUCAUCUUCCAAUGGCUCAGAUAAGACCGUCCGUCGACCCUCGCAACCUCGUACCCCGUCCUUCUCCCGUCUGUCGCACUCUUCCUCCCAAGACCGCCUGGAAUCUCUCGCGGAGACUUCCAUGCAGGAGCUCAACGGGGAGGGUCCUGGCGUCUCUCCAUCCCUCGUACUGCCCCGCCCUGCCUUUAUGCGCCGCGUCAGUUCAGCGUCGUCUAUCAGCUCCAACGACUCUUUCACAUCCAUGGGCAGUAUGACCAGCGGCUCAUCGGCGCAUACCUCGUCUCUCGACUCGUGUGAGCCCAUCACGGAAGAGACAGAGCCGGAUGUACACAUCCGUCAGGCGCGCGAGGACGAGAUGCAGGAGCAAGAGAUGAUGGGUAUGUCUUGCACCAAAUCCGACGGCGACGCGAGUGUGGAUAGCGGGUCGAUGAAGUAUGUCAAGACGGGCAAGAAGAGUGGUGGCGGACUUUUCAAGAGGUUGUCCAAAGUGUUCAAGAAGAGCGACAAGGUUGACACCGGACGAAGAGAGAGCUUUUAG